GUAGCGGCAGCGCGCGCAGGCGCAGCCCGGCCGCCUCGCUCGAGCAGGGACAGGUCGAGCCGCUGUCAAAAUCAAAUCAAUCGCCGCUCGCUCGGCAGCACCGUCCGCAUCACAUCAGACCAUCUGCCACACGCAUUCGAUUUCCUCCGCGCCGCCCGCCCGCCCGUGGUUGGACUCGUGGUACCUGCGCAUUCGCGGCGAUCUGCAGCCUCCUCCAGUCCUCCGUCUUUUUAAGCUGCGCGCCUGCGCCUGCCGGCCGGCCUCUGUGCCCCGGUGGACGCGAUGGCGGCGGCGGGCUGGACGUGGAUGGCGGAGGUGGCGGGCGAGGAGCUGGCGAAGCUGGAGGCGGCGCACCCGGGCCGCUUCGCCCCGCUCAAGGCCGAGCUCGAGCGCCUCGUCGCCGACCCCGGCCUGGACGCGGCCGCCUUCCCGCUCGUCUCGCCGGCACCGCACGCCGUCGCCACCACCACCGACGACGCCGACAACACUCCCCCCUCAUCCCAGGCUGCUCCUUCCCCCGCGGACGCCGUGUGCACUCAAGAGUCCUCGACCCGGAAGAGGAAGCCGCCGGCCUCCAUGAGGGAGCGGGAGGCGGGGAAGCGGCGGAGGCGGACGGGCACGCCGCCGGGACCGGGAGGGGCAAAGGACAGGGCGGAGAUGGCCAUCGAGCGCGCCGAGCGGUGCCUGGAGAGGAUCCGCGCCAUCAAGCGGGGCUUGCUCGCCGCUUGGAUUCACUGAUCGAAUGCAGGGGUGGAGAAAGAAGAGCAGGGGAGAAGUAAAGUCAGGCGAUGGGAAGGGAAGUCGAGUCACCUUCAGCCAUCGAGACUCCAUCGCUCGAUAGCCUUCUUUUGUUGUAAAAAAUGUCUCAUUCCAGUUUCCAACUGCAAGUGUUGCUGGCUUGCUGUGCACUAAACCGAUCGAUUUCCAGUUCUUGUGAUACCA